CCCGCCUGUGCUGUGACGCGUUUCCGCUGAGCUGACUUUCUCUUUCCGGUCCAGGAAAACAUGGCGGCGCCCAUCCCUCUUCUCGCAGUGAGAGGAUCUGAUGGAACGUCGCUCCUCAGAGGACCGCCCUCCUGCCAGAAACUCGCCUCCUUCGCCAGCGCAAGCAGGUGCAUGACCUUCAGCAGAGAUGGUUCGCUGCUGGGUUGGUGCAACAAUGACAGCGUGUCCGUGGUGACCACCUCUGACCUCCUUCCACUGAAGAACUUUGACCUCCAGAAGACUGUCAUGCUACAGUUCUCACCGCUCAAUGGCGUCCUGGCGACCUGGAGGCCCUACACCAAGAGUCCUGCUGCUGCUCAUGGGGAGGCCAACCUUCACCUGUGGGACCUGAAGAGCGGCCAGCAGCUCAAGUCCUUCUACCAGAAGCAGCAGACGUCCUGGUGUCCCAGCUGGUUGGACGAUGAGAAGGUGGCUGUGCGAGGCGUCAGCAACGAGCUCCAUUUCUACGAGAACAACAACUUUGAUGUCAUUGUGAAGAAGCUCCACCUGAAGAACGUCACAGACUUUGCCUUGUCGCCGGGGUCCUCGCCGCCCAAGGUGGCAGUCUAUGUUCCGGGUGCCAAAGGGGCGCCUUCCUUCGUGCGUCUCUAUCAGUACCCGCACCUGGAGGGGGCCACGGCGGCGCGAGCCAACAAGAGCUUCUUCAAGGCCGACAGGGUGACCAUGCAGUGGAACCAUGCCGCCUCCGCCGUCCUGGUGACGGCCAGCACGGACGUGGACAAGACUGGGGCCUCGUAUUAUGGCGAGCAGACGCUGCACUACCUCGCCGUGACUGGAGAGACGGCGCUGGUUCAGCUGGAGAAAAAGGGCCCCAUCUACGACGUGGCCUGGAGCCCCGGCUCUGCCCACUUCUGCGUGGUCUACGGCUUCAUGCCGGCCAAGGCCACCGUCUUCAACCUCAAGUGUGACCCCGUCUUUGACUUUGGAACCGGACCGCGCAACGCCUGCUACUACAGUCCGCAGGGUCACCUGCUGGUCCUGGCCGGCUUUGGGAACCUGCGGGGCCAGAUGGAGGUGUGGGACGUGAAGAAGUUCAGACAGGUCUCCAAACCUCAGUCUCCAGACUCCACCCACUUCUCCUGGUGUCCUGAUGGGGAGCACGUGGUCACCGCCACCUGCUCCCCGCGGCUGCGGGUCUCCAACGGCUACCAAGUGUGGCACUACACCGGCUCGCUCCUGCUCCGCUGGGAGGCGGCGGUGGGGGCGGAGCUGUGGGAGGUCUGCUGGCAGCCCUUCGCCCCCGAAACCUUCCCUGAGAAGCCCAUCCGCUACCAGGCGCCGCCGAGCCAGCUGGGCAGCACCGAGGCUCCUCCCUCUCAGGCCUACCGGCCCCCGGCGCUCAGGCACCUGCCCGCCGCCCCCCGGGCCAAGUUGCACGAGGAGGAGCCACCCCAGAACCUUCGGGAGGAGGGAGGAGACAAGACCCAGUCCAAGGCUGCGCUGAGGAACCAGAGGAAGAGGGAGGCCAGGAGGGCAGCCAGACAGGAGUCUGGAGCUGAACCUGAACCUGACCUGGUCCCUGUCAGCAGCGGCGGCCAAUCGGCAGCGAGCGGAGGAGACUCCGAGACAGACAAGAAGAUCAAGAACCUGAGGAAGAAGCUGAAGGCUGUGGAGGAGCUGAAGGAGCAGCAGGCGUCUGGAAAGGUUCUGCAGAAGAACCAGCUGGAGAAGAUCCAGAAGGAGGCGCAGCUGCUGAAGGAGCUCCAGGACCUGGAGCUGGGACACUAGCUCACCGAGAGGCAUGGCACCUGUCUGUGUGCGGAGUUGUUGCCAUGCAACGUACCUUCAAAAUCAAAGCUUCUCAACACAGACAGACGAGCUGAGAAGUCACAUGACGGCCUGUUGGUUCGCCCCUUUCACAGUUUUCCACAUCCUGCUGUCUUUCUCAUGAAUGAAAACAAAGCUUGAGCUCAGGACCCUG